UCUUUUCGUUGUACUUUGUACUCUAUGCUACACUUUUGUUCUCUCCCUCUCUGUGUUCGGUGUGAUUUCACUUUUAAACCAUCACAUCUAUAUAAGGGUUGCAUGUCAGCAUAUACAAGUCAGUCUUUAGUUAGAACUUGAUUACAAAACACCUCUACUCGUGACUCUAGAGAAAUUUUAUUUAAAAAAUAUAAGCAAAAGCAAGAAAAAAAUUUAAUACAAAAUCUAUACAACUUAAGAAACGGGUGCGUCUUUUCGUAUGAGUGUUUUAAAGUGAAAAUCGAAUUAAAGAAAAACGAAAUUCAUUUAAACGUGUCGCCUUCCCGCAUACAUUGUAAUUAAAUUUAAUAACGUUUAAUGUUCCUAAUUAGACAAAAAGCCCAAGCAGCAAAGAAUAAUAAUUAUAAUUAAAUAAUGAAAAUAAAUAUGUAAAAGAAAAUUCUCCCAUGAGUUGUUCUUCUUAUUAACCAUAACAACCGAAGUGUGAAUAUGAUGAAAAAGUGAAAGAAUCCAACAAAAAUAAAACAAAACCGAAACGUAACAAAGUUUUUUUCUUCCUUCCUAAACGAAACAACAUCUGCACAACAUCAGAAAACAACAAAACACACUAAUAACAAAUAAAAAAAAAAUAGAAUUUGCUCCACUUUAUGUAAACGUCAAACGACAAAUCCUUAAACAUCUAGCAAAGCAAAAAAUAUAUACGAAAUAAAAAUAAAAUAGAGAAAAAUAAAAGCAAAUCGUUUGCUCGUGACGUGAUGUGAAAAUCGUAAAACGAACUUGAAAACACACACACACCUAUAAACAAACACAUACAAAUAAAUAAAUAAAACAACAAAGUUGCAAAAAAUUAUUGAAAGAAAUUUGUUAAAGUUUUUAUAUCGUGCUCCAUAAAUAACAACAAUUAAAACAAAAACAAACAUAUAAAAACACUCAAAAUGUUUAAACUGGAUUAAUUGCAAUCAAUUGCAUCUUUUAUAGAAAUUUUUAUUUGGUUUUGUUUGGAAAUUCUUUUAAGUUUCUUAAUUUCGUAUAAUUUCUUAUUGAAACGAAAACAACAUGGCUUUAACUAACAAAAUCGUCAUCUGUGUGCUGUGUGUUGCAACCAUCAUUGUCGGUGGUGUUAAUAUGCAAAAGCAACAAUUGCAAACUGAACAACAGCAGCAACAACCUCCUCUAUCUACACAUGUCACUCAACAGCAGUUGCAACAACACUCGAAUGCCAUAAUGGGCGAAGCCGGUGUUUCGAACAACCAAUUGCACACGCCCCCCAAUGGGGAUCACAACACACGCCUGGCCAGCCAGGAUAUGCGUUACGAUGCUCCUGACGACUGUCACUUUUUACCAGCUUUGGGACCUGACCACCCUGAAAUAAUGUUAACCUGUAAUUUGCGUACGGUCAACAGUGAAUUUGACACAACAAAUUUCAGUGUUAUUCCCUCGGAGCAUACAGUGGGUCUACAUGUUCUUUGCAAUGAUGAAAUUAUGGCGAAAAGUUCCCUAGAACCUCAAUCAUUUGCCCAUCUCCAGCGCCUGCAAGAACUCACGGUUAAAUACUGUAAAUUGUCGAAAUUCAACAGGCAUGUAUUGGAUGGUCUCACCCAGCUAAGAAAUCUAACUGUACGUACUCACAACACCCUGUGGCCUUCACUGAACUUUGACAUUGAGCCAGAGGCCUUUGCCGUAGUAAAUCAUUUGGAACGCUUGGAUCUGUCCUCCAACAAUAUUUGGUCGUUGCCCGAAAAUAUCUUCUGUACACUGAGUGGCCUUAUUUCGUUAAAUAUGAGUGAAAAUCGUUUGCAGGAUGUCAACGAGUUGGGUUUUCGUGAUCGCACUAAGGAUCAUCCUUCAGAUGCCACAACCUCACCGGACAGCAAGCGCUCUGGUGCACCCUGUAAUUUGGACAUAGAAAUCUUAGACGUGUCGUUUAACCAUUUUGUUUUACUGCCCGCCAAUGGUUUUGCCACCUUGAGACGUUUGCGUGUAUUGCAAGUGAACAACAAUGAAAUCUCCAUGAUUGGUGACAAAGCUUUAAGUGGUUUGAAAAAUUUGCAAAUCCUAAACCUAAGCUCCAACAAAUUGGUGGCUUUGCCUUCUGAAUUAUUUGCUGAACAAUCCGGUUCCAUACAAGAGGUGUAUUUGCAAAAUAAUUCCAUAUCGGUGUUAUCUCCUAAACUGUUUUCGAACUUGGAACAGUUACAAGCCUUGGAUUUGUCUUACAACCAAAUUACCUCUACUUGGAUUGACCGCAGUACCUUUGUGGGUCUUAUACGACUAGUAUUGCUUAAUCUAUCGCACAACAAACUCACUCAACUGGAUGCUGAAAUCUUUACCGAUCUCUAUACUCUUCAAAUUCUCAACCUGAGGCACAACCAAUUGGAAAAUAUUGCUGCCGAAACCUUUGCUCCCAUGAAUAAUUUACACACUCUUCUGCUGUCGCACAACAAACUUAAAUAUUUGGACGCUUAUGCUCUGAAUGGUCUAUAUGUUUUGUCUCUACUCUCCUUGGACAAUAAUCAUCUAAUUGGUGUUCACCCAGAAGCCUUCCGUAAUUGCAGUUCCUUGCAGGAUUUGAACCUCAAUGGUAACCAAUUGAAAACUGUACCUUUAGCCAUACGUAACAUGCGUUUAUUACGCACUGUCGAUUUGGGUGAAAAUAUGAUUACGGUUUUGGAAGACAAUGCCUUCAAAGGUCUUAGCAAUCUGUAUGGUCUACGUUUGAUUGGAAAUUACUUGGAGAAUAUUACCAUGCACUCAUUCAAGGAAUUGCCCAGUUUACAAAUCUUAAAUCUGGCUCGUAAUCGUAUUGCUGUUGUGGAGCCAGGUGCUUUUGAAAUGACUUCCAGUAUACAAGCUGUACGUCUAGAUGGUAAUGAUUUGAGUGAUAUUAAUGGUUUAUUCAGCAACAUGCCUUCUUUAUUGUGGCUUAAUAUUUCCGAUAACCGCUUGGAGCACUUUGACUAUGCCCAUGUACCCAGUACCUUGCAGUGGCUGGAUUUGCAUAAAAAUCGUUUGGUAGAAUUAUCGAAUCGUUUUGGUUUGGACUCUCAAAUACGCCUGCAAACCUUAGACGCCAGUUUUAAUCAAAUCCAACGUAUAUCACCUUCUGCCAUACCCAACUCCAUCGAGCUGCUCUUCAUCAAUGACAACCUUUUAACAACCGUAGAUCCCGAUACUUUUAUGCACAAGACCAAUUUAACCCGUGUAGAUCUUUAUGCCAACCAAAUCAGCACCUUGGACAUCAAGAGCUUACGCAUUUUACCAGUACAAGAUCACCGUGCCUUGCCUGAAUUUUACAUUGGAGGCAACCCCUUUACUUGUGAUUGCAACAUUGAUUGGUUGCAAAAAAUCAACCACAUCAAAUCCCGCCAGUAUCCUCGCAUCAUGGACUUGGAGACCAUCUACUGUAAGUUGCUUAAUAACCGUGAAAGGGCCUAUAUACCCUUGAUGGAAGCCGAACCCAAACACUUUUUGUGUUCAUACAAAACUCAUUGCUUUGCCGUAUGCCAUUGCUGUGAAUUUGAUGCUUGUGAUUGUGAAAUGACUUGUCCCACCAAUUGUACGUGUUUUCACGAUCAAACCUGGUCUACAAAUAUUGUAGAAUGCUCAGGAGCUGGUUACUCCGAGAUGCCCCGCAAGGUUCCCAUGGACACCACAGAAUUGUAUAUUGAUGGCAAUAAUUUUGUAGAGCUUGCUAGUCACUCCUUCUUGGGACGCAAAAACUUGGCUGUUUUAUUUGUCAACAACUCCAAUGUGCAAAUCAUCUACAACACUACGUUCAGUGGCUUGAAACGUUUGCUGGUUCUUCAUUUGGAAGACAAUCACAUCACCAGUUUGGAGGGCAAUGAAUUCAGCAAUUUGGAGAAUCUGCGCGAGCUGUAUUUGCAAAACAACCGCAUUGCUACCAUAGGAAAUGGUAGUUUCCAGGCUUUGAGGAAACUGGAGAUUUUGCGUUUGGAUGGCAACCGUUUGCUGCAUUUCGAGGUAUGGCAAUUAGCUCUCAAUCCUUAUUUAGUGGAAAUCGGUUUGGCUGACAACCAGUGGUCAUGUGAAUGCAGUUAUUUGAUGCGUUUCCGUAACUAUUUGGCCCAAAGUUCUGGUAAAAUUAUUGAUGCUGCCCGAGUAUCCUGUGUGUACAACAACGCCACCAGUGUAUUACGUGAGAAGAAUGGUACCAAAUGUACUUUGCGUGAAGAUGUAGCCACUUAUGUUCAAGCCAGCGAAAUUGAAAGUCUACUGCCCCUCUUACUAAUGGCCACUUGUGCCUUCAUUGGUUUCUUUGGUGUGAUUGCUGGCCUCUUCUGCUAUCGCCGUGAAUUAAAAAUGUGGGCCCACUCAAACUGUCUACUCAAUAUGUGCUACAAGUCGCCUGGUUUUGUAGAAGAUUUGGACAAAGAACGCCUCAACGAUGCCUACUUCGCUUACAGUUUACAAGAUGAACAUUUCGUCAAUCAAAUACUGGCUCAUACCUUGGAAAAUGACAUGGGCUACAGAGCAUGCUUGCACUAUCGUGAUAUAAAUGUGAAUGCUUAUGUCACAGAUGCCAUCAUUGAAGCCGCCGAAAGCGCCAAACAGUUUGUGUUGGUUUUGUCAAAGAACUUUUUGUAUAAUGAAUGGUCUCGUUUCGAAUACAAAAGUGCCCUGCAUGAAAUCGUUAAACGCAGAAAGCGCAUUGUGUUUAUAUUAUACGGCGAUUUGCCCCAACGCGAUAUAGACAUUGAUAUGCGUCACUACCUACGCACCAGUACCUGCAUUGAAUGGGAUGACAAGAAAUUCUGGCAGAAGUUACGUAUGGCUUUACCUCACAUACGUAGCAAACGUACCACCAACUGCCUGAGUAAUCGUUCUUCGGUAAAUAUUUAUGCACCAGCUCAUGAAUAUCAAGCAGCAGCCAACGGUCGACUGGUAGGUCAAGGUGCUGGUGGCGGUGUUGGUGUUGGUGUAGUUAGCGACAAACACUAUGCAGACUGUGGAAACUAUGCCACCAUAAACGAUUGUGUGCGAGGUUAUGCCCCCAUACCAACAGCAGCAGCGAAUUGUAAAUUCAAUACCCUCAAUGAAUUAGGCUACAAAGCAACCAAAGACAGCAAAGAAAUCCAACAUGCCAAAACGCUGGAAUUCCAAAGGCACCAUCACAUGCGCCAACAACCACUAACCUCAGCCGCACACAUGCAUCAUCAGCAGCACGAAUAUGCAGUGCCCUCUUACUAUGCCAUAGGUAAUGGCCAGGUUUCAAGGGGAGCCGCUGGUGAGAUUGUGGCUCCUACAUACGACAGUGUAGACUACACCAAACAACCCACAUUGCAAAAGACACCCAACAACUGCGACUGCAGCCAUGAACAACAGGGCCAGGUUACAACGACACAAACUGGCAACAAACGUAAGGCAGCCCUACAAUCUAGUUUCUCAUCCAACUUUACACCACCUCCACCGCCAGCGCCAGCCAACCCACAGGUGACUACAUUCAACUGCAAGAAACCACCCUGUACAUGUCGCAAAUCGACGGCCUCAGCAACAGAUGACAACCUCAGUUGUAGGUGUGCUGCCAAAAGUAGCAGCAGCAAUAGUACAAGCAGUCACAGUUCCAAUGACAGCUGUCGUCCCGAUGAACUCAAUCAAUAUGAAUCAAAUUUGUCAUUAAAUGAAAUCAAUACCACCACAGCUUCAGUUGGCGACGAAAGCAACAGCUUGUGGGCGUAACAUCCAAAUUACCAACAGCAGCAGCACCAACAUCAUCUUGUCCAGACCCAACAGCAAACAGCCGUUUGUUGACUUCCCCCGAAUGGAAGAGCCGGCUUGCGAGACGAUGAUGUCUUAGUUUUUAAGUUUUCCAAGGAGACAGACUACGUAACCAGUGAAUUUAUGAAGUGCACCUCUCUAUAUUUCAAGAAUAAAGGGAUCUCCCAGCACUUUUUGUAAAAAGACAAACAACUCUACUCUUACUCUAACUCUAA